CCACAUGUGUCCAUGAACUCGCAGCUUUUGCAGAUUUUUAUCUAUCUUCCACAAACUCUUAGAAAAUAUCGUCUCUUAUUCUUCUUCUUUCAUUAACCUCUCUCAAAGUAAAGUAAAGAGAAAAAGACCCAAAAUCCAAAUGCCAUGUACAUAUCUUCUCCUCCUGUUUCUUUUCCCACUCUCUGCUUGUGCAAAGAACAACAAGGCCUUCAUCAUCAUCAAAGGGAACCAGACGAUUCUGUCUUCCCAAAGCAUUUUCCGUCUUGGUUUCUUCACCCCUUCCACCAAUGGCUCUUCCUCCAAUUGGUAUCUGGGUAUCUGGUACGCUUCCUCACCCAAUCCGGUUUACGUUUGGGUCGCCAAUCGCAACCGCCCCGUCUCCGAUCCGGACUCCUCCACCACGCUCCAGCUCACCUCCACCGGUUACCUAAUUCUCAACACCUCUCGCGACGGCGUCGUCUGGCGAACCGAAAACGAAAACCCAGCCACCGGUUUCCGCUUCUCGGGCUCCGGUAACCUGAUCCUAACCGGAGAAUACGAUUCAUCCCCGGUUUGGCAGAGCUUCCAGAACCCAACCGACACGUGGCUCCCGGGCAUGAACGUCACGCGCCAAACGUCUUUCACCUCGUGGCGAACCCCCUCCGACCCUUCCCCUGGGCUUUACUCGCUGGGCCUGGGCCCAGGCUUCAACGAGUUCCAGCUCCUCCACAACGAAACGACGCCGUACUGGUCGACAGGAAACUGGACCGGAGACUCCUUCGUCGGCGUACCGGAGAUGACCGUCCCUUACAUCUACACCUUCAGCUUCCUCAACCCCUACACUCCCGCGGCGUCGUUUAAAUACAUCGUCACCCCCUCCUCUGACUCUUCUCCGCGCCUCUCGCGGUUCGUCGUCGACUCCAACGGCCAGCUCAAGCAGUGGGCGUGGGAGCCUCAGGGGCAGUUCUGGAACAUGUUCUGGCUGCAGCCGGAGGAUCAGUGCCGCGUCCACGCUCUCUGCGGCCCGCUAGGCUUCUGCAGCAGCAAGACGCUCGAGCCCUGCGCCUGCAUCCGCGGUUUCCUCCCCAAGAACGCCGCCGCGUGGGGGUCUACGGACUACAGCGACGGAUGCAGACGCGAAUACGAUGGAUGCGACGGGAGAGACGCGUUUGAGGCGGUUGGAGAUCUGCGUUACGACGGCGUCGUGGAGACGUCGCGGUUGGAGCAGGCGAGCAAGAGCGUUUGCGAGAAGAGAUGCUUGGGGAACUGUUCUUGCGUGGGGUUUUAUUACAACGGCAAGUCGAAUCUCUGCAGGAUAUUGCUCGAGUCGCCGAUGAAUAUCAAGAACUCGAGCUCAUGGACUGGAACUACAGAUGAUGUUUUGUACAUAAGAGAUCGGAUUAAAAAUAGUUCAAAGAGAAGCGUCUCUAGAGGGGUUAUUAUACUGUGCGGCGUUGUCGGGUCAAUCUCGGUUCUCGGGUCUACCUUGUUUGCGCUGUUGAUUCUGUUGAGGAGGAGUAAGAAAACGAAGAGAGAAGAGGGAGAUGGUUUCGCUGUGUCGAAUCUAAAGGUCUUCUCUUUCAAGGAGCUUCACAAAGCUACCAACGGGUUCUCGGAGAAGCUCGGACACGGCGGUUUCGGUGCUGUUUUCAAAGGUACGUUACAUGAUGGUACGUCCACCUCCGUGGCGGUGAAGCGCUUGGAAAGACCGGGAAGCGGGGAAGGAGAGUUCCGUGCGGAGGUGUGCACCAUUGGGAACAUUCAGCACGUUAACCUCGUUAGGCUUCGAGGUUUCUGUUCGGAGAAUCUCCACAGGCUGCUCGUCUAUGACUACAUGCCGAACGGAUCGCUGAGCUCCUACUUGUCGAGGACGAGUCCUGAGUUGUUAAGCUGGGAAACGCGUUUCAGGAUCGCCUUAGGGACUGCGAAAGGGAUCGCGUAUCUUCACGAAGGGUGUAGGGACUGUAUUAUCCACUGUGAUAUCAAACCGGAGAAUAUUUUAUUGGACAGUGAUUACAACGCCAAAGUGUCUGACUUCGGAUUGGCUAAGCUUGUUGGCCGUGACUUCAGCAGGGUUCUUGCCACUAUGAGAGGUACGUGGGGAUACGUUGCUCCCGAGUGGAUAUCGGGUUUACCCAUCACGACUAAAGCUGAUGUGUAUAGCUUCGGAAUGACACUUCUUGAGCUUAUCGGUGGUCGAAGAAACGUCGUUAGCGAUACACCAGGAGGAGAGAAAGAUGAGAAAGAACCCGAGAAAUGGUUCUUUCCUCCAUGGGCUGCACGUGAAAUCAUACAAGGAAACGUGGACUUGGUUGUGGACUCUAGACUCAACGGAGAAUACAACAAUGAAGAGGCGACGAGGAUGGCCACAGUGGCGAUAUGGUGCAUACAAGACAAUGAAGAGAUAAGGCCGGCGAUGGGAACGGUGGUGAAGAUGCUUGAAGGAGUUGUGGAGGUGACGGUUCCUCCACCGCCUAAGUUGAUACAAGCUCUUGUCUCUGGCGACUCGUAUAUUGGAGUGGGCAACGGUUUGAGCGGCACAAGCUGUAGUGAAGGCAGGGGUUGUUCGGAUCUCCUGACUGGAUUGUCUAGCCCCACCGGCUCACGGUCGUCUUUUGGUGGUAAAAUUCCUCCUUCUCCCUGAUCAGUUUGUAGAUGGUUUUGUUAGAAAACGGUCUUAAAUGUGUGUGUGUGUUUUUGCUCUCUAAGAGGGUUUAAUUAGUAGUACUAAUCUCUAGUUGUUGGUUGUAUGACAAUGAAGCUUUAAUUUGUCAUUUCCUGUUAAUCAAAAAAAAAAGAAAAAAAAAAGGGAUGAGAUUUAGUCAAAUAAAUGUACCUUGCAUAGUUAUCAAAGUUUAGUGGAUCCAGACAUGAAUUUACUCUUGUGUUGUUAAAGCAAA